GAUUCAGAACUGAGCCUUUCUUUCAGUGAAGAGUCAAUGGGAAUUACUACAUUGGGUUUCAUCACUUCCUUUCCCCUUAUAUUUCACUGCACCUAUAGAGCAAAGGAGAUUUUCUCUUUUUAAGAGAACUGUUCUUGCGUUAGGACCAUCUGCUGCCUGAAUUAUUUUGAUCUCACCCUCUUGCCAUUGUGACCAGCCAACAGUGCGUUUAUGGUUCCCUCCUCUUCAAAACACAUGCAAUUUCAGCACUGACACAGCGGACAAGGCUGUGACAUGUGGGGAAAAGGCAGAAGCAGCGGACCAUCUAAAGUGUCACAUUGGAGUUUAACACAGUGGACGUUAACAGGUCACACAGAUCAAUACUGAAGGCCAAGAUGAUGAACCAGGAUGACCCAAAGUCACAUCCAAUGCUUGAGCUACGAGAGAAGCUCCAGCCCGAGGUGACAGAGCUGAUUAAACAGCAGAGGUUGAAUCGUCUGUGUGAGGGGGCCUGCUUCAGAAAAAUCAGUGCUCGCCGCAGACAAGAUAAAUUCUGGUAUUGUCGUCUAUCCCCAAACCACAAAGUGUUACACUAUGGAGAUAUAGAGGAGCUUUCCCAAGGACAAAUACCACAUGACUCUCUCCAAGAGAAAGUGACAGUAGCAGAUAUAAAAGCAGUGGUAACAGGAAAAGACUGCCCACAUAUGAGGGAGAAAGGAGCGCUUAAGCAAAAUAAGGAGCUGCUGGAACUGGCAUUCUCCAUUCUCCAUAACUCUGAUGAAUAUCUGAAUUUUAUUGCACCUGACAAGCAUGAGUACUGCAUUUGGACCGAUGGUUUGAAUGCUCUCCUGGGCAAGGAGAUGUCCAGUGAACUUACAAAAUCAGAUAUGGACACUCUUAUUACUAUGGAGUUAAAACUUCGCCUCUUGGACCUGGAAAAUAUUCAGAUUCCUGAAAUUCCUCCUCCUGUUCCCAAAGAGCCAAGCACUUACAACUUUGUUUACGACUUUACCCAACAACAGACUUGAGAGUUAAAUCCUUACUGAUGCAGAUCAGCUGCAAGUAAGGAGUGUUUAACCACCUGUUUUUUGCUAUUCCUGUUUCCUCUUAUACAGACAGAACCAUGUCCAGAUCUUAAAUUUCCCUCUAAAUUGUGACUUCGGUGUGAUGCUUCAGGUUUCUAUUUCCUUUUAAAUGUCUCUCAUGACUGUGCUUUUUCUGCAAAGAGAAAAAACGUACUUGUGUACAGUGACUUUUCUGUUGUCUAUUUUUAUUUAACACUCCAUUUGAUAUGAUGAACAAAAUGUGUUAAGUAAAAUACAUAUAAAAUG